AUGGAAGAAAAAUGGAAUAAAUUGAAGGGAGAUUGGUUCGAAGAAAAUGGAAUGCAAGAAAAGGAUAUUCAGGAUGUGAGAAAAUUAACGACUGAGAUAAGGAACUGGAUUAGAGAAUUUGUUCAUAAUGUAAAUAAUGAUGAGGAAGGUAUUGGUGCAGGCGGGUGUGCCGAGGAGUAUGAGGGUAAAACGCUGGAGGAAGGAAUAGACAAAGAAGUGUGCUCAUUCAUUUUAGGGACUUUAUGGAACAUGCAAACAAAGAUCUCUGCGGGGGGGGGCAGUGACAUAAAUAAGGAAAUGGAAGCAUAUGUCUACUGCGCUAUUAUGAGCGCGUGGUUCUAUUGGUACAGGAGAAAAUAUUGUGAUGCAGACAAGGUUAUGAAGCAUGCAUUUGGUAAAAUGGAGGAGCUCAGCCAGGAUAUGGACACGGGUGGAAGAUGGCAUAAGUGUGAGUAUGAAAAUUUGGCAAAAAUGGAAGUUGCGGGUAGGAAUAUUUUAGAGUACAUUUUGCCAAUGGUAAAGUACCAAAAGUACGCUAUGGGAAAGAUGUAUAAGAAAAUACCAAAAAUUCCAUGUCCACAGAAAGAAAGUAAAAGUGCAAAGGACGCAGGAGUAGGUCUUCCCAGUAGUAGUACUGGUAGUGGAAUAAAUAUGAGAAAAAUAUGGGAUGAUUUCAAGAAAACUUUUGAUAACUUAAUCAAGAGGUUAGGAGAAGACGAACCGGAUGAAAUAAAGCACCUUUGUGCUGAUGUUCCCGAUUGGACAGGUGGGAGUGAAUGGAAUAAGAAAGAAUUAUGUAAAGCUAUGUUACGUAUAAGAUAUUUCAUGAAUGGAAUUGUAGGAGGAAAAUUCAGGGGAGAUAAGUCAAGUGUGGGAACCAUUGACGAUGAAGAAGCUUAUAAAAGGUGUAUAGUUGGAAUGAUAUCUACGUUAGAAUUCUUUCAGUGGCAUUGUAAGUUUGAAGAAAUUGCAGAAUAUACAGUGGGACCAAUGAACAAUGUGUUAAAGAAGCAUAACCUGGAGGGGAAAUUUGAAAAAUGCAAAGAUAUUGACCCCAGAAGUUUAGUAAUAGGGAAGAAAAUUGUUGGAAAUGAAAUUAAAAAGUGGGUAGAAGGUGUUAAAAAAAGUGUACAUAUAAUAACUCAAAUAGAAAAAGUAGGUAAAGACCAUUGUGAGGGAGAGAAACAUGCACAAAAACUGAAGGAACAGGAAGAAAAGAAUAGGGAAAGUGUUAUAAAGUUAUUCGGAAGGGAUGAUAAGAAGGAGUUAGGGAUAUUGACUAAUACCAGUAAUGAUUUUCCCAUGGAACGUGUGGAUGAAAAAUUAAAGGAAAUGGAAAAAGCAGGAACAGAUGAUGCAAAAAGAGGAAAGUUGGUGAAGGAAAUAGAGGAAAUAAUAGAGAAUGCAUCAGGUUGUUCUGUACACUUGGGACCAAAAGUCCAGGACGGGGAAGAAGAAAACUGGGGGGAAUUAUUUACAAAAUUCUCAAAUCAUCCUCUGCAUAGUGACAUUCAUUAUGAUAGAGAAAAAUUUAAUGUGCUGUCCACGUGGUGUGACGUGGAAGAUGACGACGAUGUAAAUUUAAAAGAACAUAAGGAAUUUUGCAAACUGCUCCUAAAGAAUUUACUAAUGGUAGGGCGUAUUAAUUAUUCAUGUGAAGGAGAAGUGUUAAAACAGGGUGGGAAGAAAUGGUGUGUUAAGGCAUGUGAUCUCUUGAAUAUCUGGUUAUUACAUAUAAAGGAUGUGUGCGUAUCGGAGGAUGUUAUUGAGGGAGUUUUCAAAAGGGUACACUCCGUGGACGGAAUUUUCAGUGAGACAGGGGAAUAUACGAAAUGUAUGUACUUAAAAAUUAAUAAUUUAAGGAGGGAUAAUGAGGACAUGCUCAAUAGAAUUAUGAAAUGGAUGGAAUGUAAGAGUAAGCAAGGAGAGUUAGAUGAAAUUUAUAAGAAAAAUUGGUGCAAUGCGAGCAGUGGAAUGAAAAGAUCAUUAGGAUGGACUCAAUGGAAGGGUAAAAGUAAAAAUACAUACAGGGAGCAAGAGGGGGAGGAAUAUAUGACGAAGCUUAAGGAGGUGGAGAAAAGAGAAAAAAGCAUAUUACAGACGAUGAAGAACCUGUCAUUAGGGGAUCCCCAAGCACCAGCACCCCCACCGGAACCAGCAGAUCCAGCAAAGGCAGCACCCGCGAAACCACCAAGUGGGAGGGGUGAAACACCAUCAACAUCGGAUCCUCCACCAAGUAUGCCAGCAGAAGAAAAAACUUCUCAGAAAAAAACGACGCCGGAGGAAUCUGAUCAAACCAAAACAGAUCCAGACCCCCAAGGUGUCAGCACUAGUAGUACAGGAACUCAGACUCCUGGUCAGGCUCCUCCACAACCUGACUCAUCUCCCGCCCUUGCUGGUCAUCGAGAUGAUCUUGCUAAGGAGGUGGCCAAUACACCUGUUGAAACGAAGAAAACUACGGAUGAUGAUACACAACUUGAUCCACAGAAACCUAGCAGGGAUGAUCAGUCAUCCAGUUCAGGAGGAGAGGGUCUAGACAGAACUCAACUUACAAAAACAACUUCUCAAUCGGCAGCAACAAAAUCAUCAGAUGGAAUUGCUGCCCCUGUUGUUAGCAAGAUUGACAACCUUCCUGAUCUCCUUACCCCAUACCUUCCUACAAUUCCCGUCUUCAUUGGUAUGUCUGCUAUGAUCUACCUCCUUUGGAAAUAUUUUGGCUUGCCUGGUAAAAGAAAACGUUACAAAAGAGCACAUAAAGUACGUGGACCUCCAUCCUUAGAAGAACAAAUUAUAGACCGUGCUAUGGACCACUCUGGUCCACAUGAAUAUACCUUAGUAAAGGAACGUAGACAACCAAGAUCUGUUCCAACGGGAACGAAGAGCCGAAAAAAACGUGAUGGUCAUCGUCGUGGUGUACGUCGCCGCAUGAUUAUUGAUAUUCAUUUAGAAGUCUUAAACGAAUGUCAAAAAGGGGAUCUCCAUUUGACAAAGGAAGACUUUUUUGAAAUUUUGGUUCGACAAUUUAUGGGAAGCGAAUUUAUAAAACAAGGAAAUGUUCCAAGUUUAGAUUCCGGGUUUAGGGAAAAAGACGUUGUUCCUAUGGAGGGUGUUUUUAAGGAACAGGUUCAAAGUUCGGAUUCCGGGUUUAGGGAUGAAGACUUUGUUCUGGAGGAAGGUGUUUCUAAGGAACAUGUUCCAAGUUCAGAUUCCGGGUUUGGGGAUGAAGACUUUGUUUCUGGCGAAGAGGUCCCUAGGGAAGAUGUUCCUAAGGAACAGGUUCCAAAUUUAGAUUCCGGGUUUAGGGAGGAAGACUCUGUUCCUGAGGAAUGUGUUCCUAAGGAGCAGAUUCCAAGUUCAGAUUCCGGGUUUAGGGAGGAAGACUUUCUUCCUGAGAAAUGUGUUCCUGUGGAACAAGUUUAUAAGGAAUAG